GACUUUUUUUUUUCCCUUAUAUUACCACUAAAAAAGGCAGAGAAAAUGGAAUCUCAAUUGCACUGUCAGCAUGGGCAUCACGGCUAUGAAGAAGAACCUAAACACUCUGCAGUUGAAGGAGAAUGUGAAGGUGAGCACCAUCUUGGAGAAAAGAAAUCAGUGCUGAAGCAGGUUAAAGAUAAGGGAAAGAAAAUCAAAGAUACGAUUAAGAAGCAUGGACAUGGGCACGAGCAUGGAUAUAAUCUAGAGGAAGAAGAGGAGGAAUAUGUAAAUCUUGGACAAGGGAUCACUCCGAGGCAAAACAGUGUCGAUACGGAAAAAUUGACUGAUAGACACGAGGAUACGUAUAAUAGAAAUGUAAGGGAUGAGGGAGAAACCCCGGAUGGAUUACUGGACAUGGGGAGGACGACCGCCGUGGAGACCGAGGGGGAGGGCUACAUCGAGGGAAAAUGCACAGUUUCUCCUUGGGAAGAAGCAAACGUGGGGCAAACGAGGGUUAAAAUUGGACAAUCGGUUCAUUCUUCUUCAGGAGCAAUUCCGCCUUCAAAUUAUCAGUCCAAAGUGGUUGAUCCAACAGGCACUGUGCUGUGGUGGUUUCACGAGAUCGAAGGGGAGAGUAAAAUUAGAACAUCGUCCGGUCUAGAAAAUCUUGAAUCUACCCUGAAAAGACUAGAUCCUGGAAAAACAGAGGACAUGCCCCAUGGCACGCUGGAAAAACAGAGGACAUGCCCCAUGGCCAUCUCUGCCAAGAAUGUGGUGGCUUCAAAGCUCGGAUAUGGUGGACAUGAUGAAGGCCGAGAUUCUCAAAAUGGCACAUCAGAAUCUGCCAAGCCCGAGCGCAGCAUUGCAGCUACCAUGACAGAAAAACUGGCACCAGUUUAUCGCAAUGUGGCGGAUGCCUCCAGUGCCGUAAUAUCAAAAGUUCAGGGAAGUGGAACUCAGGAUGAAGGCGGAAAUAGAGCAACCUACAUUGGGAAUGAGGGUAAAGGAACUGAUAAGGGCAUUUCCAUGAAGGACUACUUGGCAGAGAAAUUUAGGCCCGGCGAUGAAGAUAAGGCAUUUUCAAAUGCUAUUUCGGGUGCACUCCACAAGAAGAAGGGUGAAACUGGGAAGCCAAAGGGGAAAGUGGCUGAAUUGAAGCAAAUGGCGAGGCAUUUAGGCACUGGUAGUGAAAAUAAAAGGGAAGGAGAAGAUGCCCUGAGUGCUAGGAAUGAAAGCAAAGGAACAGGCAUGGUGGACAGGAUUAAAGAUACCAUUGGUUCUUGGCUUGGCAAAAGUGCUGGACUGCAAACUGCUCAGGAUUCACUUGCCUUGCCCAAUCCCAUGGUAAGUGAACCAUAGUUUGAGUUUCUUUCUUAAUAUACAUUAAGUUUCGGGGCAGCGGAGGCUGCAGGAAUCGAACUACUGAUGAACUAUAUAGACGUUGAAAGGCUUGUAUUUUGGAAUUCGAUGUUUUUCUUGGUUCCAAUGCGUUGUUUGCUUCGUUGUAAUUGUGAUUGGGUUUCGGUAAAACACUGCUUUUGACGAUUAUCAAAGUGCCCAGUGUGCUUUCAUGGA